AUGGUCCGAUAUUACGAACGGAGCAUUAAGCUCCCCCUUUUACCUGAACUAAGACUCAAUUCACCAUAUUGGCAAAAUGUUCUCAUCGGUAUUCUCGUUGGCCUCACAGCCGGCCUCUACGUCUCCCUGAAUCUCCUCGGGGCAGGGGGCGGCAAGCCAAAUUCCGCCUCGACUGUCCAAGUAGUCAAUGCGACACUUUGCACCGUGUGGUUCUUUUCCGCUUCUUUCGGCGGAACAAUUCUCAAUACCAUCGGUCCCGCCAUCACGGCUUGUAUCGGGGUGAUUGGUUAUAUCAUCUACGUCGGUAGCUUGAUGUACUUCGACAACACAGGCAAGAGUGGGUUUCCAAUCUUCGCUGGGGUGGCUAUUGGUAUAUCCGCUGGUCUUAUCUUCGUUACGAUGGGAUCUAUCGCCAUGUCGUACUCUGAGGAGCAGGACCGAGGAGCGUAUAUCACUAUGUCUGUGAAUCUUCAGGCUGUUGGGUCGGUAAUUGGUGGUAUUAUUCCAUUGAUCAUCAACAAAAACUCGAGUGAAACCACCGGCGUCCCCUCGGCUGUCUACAUUGUCUUCAUGAUUAUGAUGGGUGUUGGGGCGUGCGCUGCCUUCCUCCUGAUGCCACCAUCUCGCGUGAUCAGAGAUGAUGGAACCCAGGUUUCUCUGAUCAAGCCGCGGGGAUUCAGGGAAGAGCUUAAGGCAAAUUUGGAGAUAUUUCGUGACUGGAAGCUUCUUCUUAUGGUCCCUGCUUUCCUCCCGGCCGAAACAUUCUUGGUCUAUGGUGGCUCGGUCAACGCUUACCGCAACAACCUGCGCACAAGAUGUUUACUAUCUUUCCUAGCAGUCGUUAUCCAAAUACCCUGUGGAAUCCUUCUCCAGUAUGUUUUGGACAACAAAAAGUGGAAUCGACGAAAUAGAGCUUUUCUAGGACUCGGCAUGGUUGGCAUCCCUCUCAUCGGCGCGUGGAUUUGGGAAAUCAUCCGCGGCGUUUUCCGUGGAUUUCUUGGUGCUGGCGAAGCGAUUUGUUUCGGCGUAGAUUCCCUCAAAGUCCCAUUCAUGAAGGAAGCCGCUGUUAUUUUCGCGUUCUAUACCAGUGGUGUCCUCAUAUUUACUUAUAUUGCCGCAUUCCAUAUCAAGGACACGGAAUAUUUCAACGGCGAGGAUGACGUCGUGAUUCCCAAGCAUGUCCUCUCUGAGCAUGCGGACGACGGCAAACCAGGGAGACAAUCCAUGGAAGUCGAUGAGACAACACCGACUGAGAAGGAAGCAGCAUCGUAUUAG